AUGGCCAACCAAGGAGAUUGGACCUGCGACGCCAACGAUGCUGUCCAGCUCACCUUGGUCCAGCCUGGAGAGCAAAAGCCAGUCACGACCGACAUUUUUCAUCCGCAGUUUACAUACCCUAUCUUCGGCGACGAUGAGCAGGUCUUUGGCUACAAGGGCCUAAUCAUCAGGUUGCGCUUUGCGACACAUGAUUUGCGCACCCACAUUCACAUCUCAUACGAUGAAAAGUUCACAGCCGUUGGCGACGCUGCUGCUGUCGACCUGAACAAGAUUUUGAAAGAAUGGGUCGCCGAAUCUGCCUUCACAAAACUCUCCGAUUAUGAGGGCGCUAUCCAGAAUGAUACACAAGCAAUGAGUUUUACGCCACCGGGCAAACUCAUUCAUUCGUAUAAAUCGAAAGACCGAAACUAUGAGAUUUGGGCCGGAUCUCUUGCUGAUACCGCCGUGCGCAAGCUUCUGGAACGAGCACAGGUCUUCAUACCGUUCUUCAUCGAGGGAGGAACUCCACUCGUCCUCGACGAUCCCGAAUGGACUCUGGAAAGAUGGACUAUUUAUUUCAUCUACGAAAAAGUAACACCCCCUACACCGACGGCAUCGCAGUACGCCUUCGUCGGAUAUUCGACAGUUUAUCGAUGGUGGUUCUACUCGCAACCACGAGAAGAAGACAAAGGCGUUGUCAAGAAUGGCGCCUUCCCGUAUCCCGAGGAGCUUCAACUGUCUACACUUCCGGCUCGUUUACGUAUUGCCCAGUUCCUCAUCCUCCCUCCACACCAAGGCUCCGGCCAUGGAUCCCAACUGUACAACAUCAUCCACAAAGCUUGCGUCGCAGACAAAACGGUUGUUGAGCUGACAAUAGAAGAUCCCAAUGAGGCCUUCGACGUCCUUCGUGAUUCAUCCGAUUACCACAACCUUUACCAAGACUUUCUAAAGCAAGACAUCAACAUCAACCCUAAUCCCUACCCUGAGAACACCGGCAAACGCCGACCCCGCCUCAUGCCUACAGCCUCCUUAAUACCGACCCAAAAGCUAACAGAGAUGCGAGCCAAAUACAAAGUCGCCCCAACACAGUUCGCACACAUCCUAGAAAUGUACCUCCUAUCUCGCAUCCCACACCGCAAACGGGCCAGUGGAGGCGCGAACAUGGCCAGCCUCCUAAUCAAAAAACACAAUGCCAAUGAUGAAGAUGAUCGGAGGUAUUACUGGUGGCGCAUGCUCGUCAAGCAGCGUCUAUACAAGCGCUCCCGCGACAUCCUGAUCCAACUAGACCUACCUGAUCGUAUCCAGAAACUAGACGAAACAGUCACAAACGUCGAGGAAGGCUACGAGGCGCUGCUGACAGUCUUUGAUGCCCGCGAAAAGGGCAGAGCUACUUCUGUACCAGCAACCUCGGAUUCGACAGACGAGGCAAUGGCAGCGGCAGCGACAGUGGCUGAGGGAGCAACCACAAUGCGAGCGAAGCGGAAAUAUGCGAUUGAAGAUGAAGAUGACGAAGAUGAAGACGACGAAAACGAAGAAGAUCGAUCAGCGCGCACUGAGGCCGCGAAGCGUCCCAAAGUGUAG